AUGGGUUCGGCUUCGGAAGCUAUGGAAAUGAUGCUGCUGUCUUUUGUUGGACCAGCUGUUCAGUCUACAUGGGAUCUCUCUUCUCAUGAAGAGAGCUUGAUAACUAGCAUUGUUUUUGCUGGCAUGUUGAUUGGUGCCUAUUCAUGGGGCAUUGUUUCAGAUAACUGCGGAAGGAGGAAAGGAUUUCUCAUUACAGCGAUGGUUACUGCUGCAGCUGGUUUUUUAAGUGCUUUUGCCCCAAAUUUUACUUUGCUGAUUAUUCUCCGAGGUUUGGUUGGUGUUGGCUUAGGAGGUGGGCCUGUGCUUUCUUCCUGGUUUCUCGAAUUCAUUCCUUCUCCAAAUAGAGGUACUUGGAUGGUAGUGAUUUCGGCUUUUUGGACUCUGGGCACAAUUCUUGAGGCUUCUCUUGCUUGGUUUGUCAUGCCAAGAUUGGGUUGGAGAUGGCUACUUGCACUGUCGGCCCUUCCUUCGUCAUUGUUGCUUUUGUUUUAUUUCAUGACACCUGAAUCACCAAGAUAUUUGUGUGCGAAAGGAAGAAAAGGUGACGCACUUGCUAUUUUAGAGAAAAUAGCUCAAGUAAAUGGAAGAAAACUUCCUUCAGGCGUUCUUGUUUCUGACCUCCAUAUUGAGCUGGGUGAGAAAUGCACUGCAUUGGAAGAAAAAGAGUUGAUUUCACCGAGAGAAAAUGAUAGUGAAAAUCCUGAAAAGUUGAACACUGGAGAUAAUAUGUGCACACAUACAGAAGAGCAAUCUAAGAAUCACAAGUCUGUUAGUUACAAAGAUGUUUUUAUAACGAGUUUUGCAGAGUUCCCUGGGCUGCUCCUAUCAGCUGCAACAGUUGACAAACUUGGUCGUAAGAUGUCGAUGUCAACUAUGUUCUUCCUCUGUUCCAUAUUUCUGCUUCCAUUGGUGUUUCAUCAGCCUCAGAGCUUAACAACGGGUCUUCUCUUUGGGGCUCGCAUUUGCAUUACAGCGACUUUUUCAAUUGUGUAUAUAUACGCUCCUGAGAUAUAUCCAACAUCUUUAAGGAGCACUGGGGUUGGAGUGGCGAGCUCUGUGGGGAGAAUUGGUGGAAUGAUAUGUCCUCUCGUCUCAGUAGGUCUCAUUCAUGGAUGUCAUCAAACUGUAGCUAUCUUUCUGUUUGAGAGCAUUGUAAUUCUUUCUGGGAUAAGUGUUCUGCUUUUUCCAUUUGAAACAAGGGGACGUCAAUUGAGAGACAAUGUAGCUUGUUCAACGUGA